AUGGGGCGAACUGCUCUCCAGUCGGCUUUGCUUGGACGCAGGGACGAGAAUGCGAUUUCUCUCCUCAAGGCAGGAGCUACGUUGGUCGGAAGCGAACUGGCCAUUGCAAUUGCAUUGCAAAGAGAUGUGGUUGUUGACGAACUCCUCACCAAAGGAGCAUCUUUCGAGGAGACUUCAACUAUAUCUGAUACAAUCUCGGUCCUGGAGGCUGUGGUUCUCACAGAAGACAUGGCUUUGAUCUCUCAGAUCAUCAAAGACAGCUCACAAACUGUUGUUGCGUCUCCACUCUGGGCGGCCAUAUUUGUCGCACAACUCACGUCAGAUCGAAGCAUUUUCAAAUUUCUCUUGGGUCAUGUUACAGUCACAUCACAGUCGGAAGACCUCUGGUUAGGUACAGCGAUGUACCUGGCGGCAAUGUCUGGGGAUCUCGAAAUUGUGGAACUGAUGCUAAAAUCAGGGCUGCGACCAGAGAAAUGUUGGAAUGCGCGUUGCAUAAACACUGACAGUAUUAUACAUGGAGGGAAUAAUGUGCGACGUGAGUAUAUAUUAUGGCGCUAUGACAUUCCGACUAUCCUCACCGGGGAGUACGAGGAGGAAGACCUGUUGGAAAGUGCCCUCAAUGUAGCCGACGUCAACAUUCACAGCAAAGGACUUGACUUUCUCAUCUUGCUGCGACAAUAUGGGUACCACCGGACUGUGCGGUACUCCCCCGAGUUCAGAUCCUGUCCAAGUCUUGAAAAUCUCGAAAUGUUAAAGAGCUUUGGCGUGGAGAUGACGUCGAGAACACUCUCGGAUUCGAUCAGGGAGAGACGUUACGAUACCACUGAGUGGCUACUUGCAUCAGGUGUCGAUGUCAACCUUGCAAGUGAAGAUCUUGGCGCUGGGAUUGCAAUGACGCCUGUCCAGGAGGCUUCUCUACAGGGUAAUCUACCUCUAGUGGAGAAACUCAAGAAUCUUGGUGCCGACAUCAACGCUCCUGCUGCCCCUUAUGGUGCCACUGCUUUGCAAUAUGCUUCCAUUGGGGGUUAUUUUGGUCUGGUACGCAGAUUGUUGGAGUUCCAGGCAGAUCCUAAUGCCUGGGGAUCGUGGUCAGGGGGGCGAACGGCGUUAGAAGGUGCCGCCGAGCAUGGUAAACUGGACGUUGUUCAGUUACUCCUCAACUCUGGAGUCAAGACCAUAGGUGGUGGCCGUCUUCAAUACGUCCGAGCGAUCAGAUUUGCUCAGGAUGAGGGUCAUCAUGCAGUGGCAAGACUGAUCAAGUCUCAUCGGCCUUGGGAGGAGGCCGAUCAGAGGCUAUAUGAUGUCAAGAGCCUACUCGCCGAUGGUUGGGCCUACGAGCCAUCAGGAGAAACCUACAAAGCUGAGGUCGAGGCAUCAGGAGUCCCAUGUGACGUCUCUGGUGGGAAAUUCAAGGUGGACGACGAAAAAGGUGUCGACUCCAACACAGAUCUUAACAAAGACGGAUGGUUCUCGGAAUGUCCUUCUCUGCUGCUGAAUGAUAUUGAAGACGGGCUCGCAUACGGUGUUGACGACAGGGCGGAAUGUCCAGGAGACGCAAUUUGGAGGGAAGCCUACGAGACGUUCUCCUCAGAGCUGCCCUGGUUGAUGGAGGAAGGAGACUGCCUACAAUGA